AUGGCGCAAAACUCUGUGACGUUAGUCGGGUUUGGCCUUUGGGGGAGCCCUUAUACCAUUAGAGUAAAGUGGGCUUUGAAGCUGAAAGGGAUUGAGUACCAGUACGUGGAAGAGGAUCUCUCAAACAAGAGUCCCUUGCUCUUGCAGUACAACCCCGUUCAUAAAAAGAUUCCAGUCCUUGUUCACCAUGGUAAAACUCUGGCAGAGUCACUUGUAAUCAUUGAAUAUAUCGAUGAAGUUUGGAAAGAAAAUCCUCUGCUUCCACAAGAUCCGUACGAAAGGGCCAAAGCACGGUUCUGGGCUAAAUUCAUCGAUGACAAGUGCGUGCCAGCACUCAUGACUGCGUUCACCACAAAGGGGGAGGAACAAGAAGCUGCAAAAGAAGUUCGGGAGACUUUCAAGGCACUAGAAAGUGGUCUCGAGGGGAAGCAUUUCUUUGGAGGUGAAACAAUAGGGUUUCUGGAUAUUGCUGCCGGUUGGCUUGGAUGCUGGGCUCAAAUGACUGGGGAAAUAGUGGGCAUAAACUUGAUUGAUGCAGAGACCAUGCCUGUACUCAGUGCUUGGUUCAAAGAUUUUCUUGAGGUUCCUGUUAUCAAGGAAUGCAUGCCACCUCUGGACAAAUUGAUAGAGCACAACAAGGGCUUUCACAAAAUUUUGACUUCUGCAUCGACUUGAAGUCUUUCUAUCUUUGACCACAAUUAUUCUUAGAUAUUACUUAUCAUAUGGUGUCUGGUAGAUCUCAUGCAUGCAAUAAUGUGUAAUCUUGAUCUCAGUAUCAUAUGCAUGUAAACGUGUUGCAAAACUUGAUGAAAAAAAUUUGCAAAAUUACUUGGAAAUAGUCUGAUGCAGAGACCUAUUAUUAAGGAAUGCAUGCCACCUCAAGAUAAAUUGCUAGAGCACAUCAAGGGCUUUCACAAAUUUUGACUGCUGCAUCAACUUGAAAUCUUUCUAUCUCCGAGCACACUUAUAUAUUAUUUCUCUAAAAAUGUCUGAGCACAAGCUUUACAGGUCGGUCCCUGCAUAUGGCCUCUG